GUAUGUCUUUAAAGUGACGUUGUGCCUAGCUUUGAUAGUGUUUUCCGCCACGGUGCACGGUGACGAACUAGAUGUCACUGAAUCGACCCUCGAAGGGUUUGAAUAUCAAACCUUAACAGCAAAACUGGACUAUUUGCAGCACAAGCUUACCGAGAUGGACUUUGCGAUAAAGGAGGAACGAAAGGCCAUCGACGAGACGCUAGAACACCAGAAGAACGUGUCGGAAUGGAUACUGUCGAUCAUGAACCAGCAGAGCCAAACGCUUCGUCAUAAUCUAUCCGAGGUUACGGGGCCAUCAGUACGCUAAACCAGAGGAUGGUUAGCAAUUUCAUGGCUUUGCACAUUCAGUCGAAUGAAAUGCUCACAGUGCAGAUCGCCAACGCUAAUUACGAACGGCUGCGGAAGGAUGUUGAAAUGCUCCUCUCAAACCAACACCUCGCUCAGUUUAUGAUCAGUUCAGGCUUUAAUCUUCAGAGUGUUUCGUUUAGAUCGUGCAAGAAGACCCCAUCGAAGAGAUCGGGCAAGUACUUAAUGCAGCCUACUGAAAACGAUGAGCCAUUCAUAGGAUAUUGCGAACAGACUAGUUUCGGAGGUGGAUGGCUUGUGUUUCAGUAUCGGUUUAACGGAUCGGUGGAUUUUUACCGCGACUGGGUCGAGUAUCGAAAUGGGUUUGACAGUGUGGAUGGAGAAUUUUGGCUCGGCUUGGAGCACUUGCAUCGCAUUACUCGAGACCGAAAACACGAGUUGUUGGUGGAGCUGAAAGACUUCGAAGGAAACUACAAGUACGCACGGUAUAGUGAGUUCGAGAUCGGCAGUGAGGGAGUACAUUAUCAGUUAAAGCAGCUGGGAACGUACACAGGAGCGGCAGGAGACUCAUUGACGUACCAUAAGGGUAUGACGUUUACAACCAAAGAUAAAGACAAUGAUGAAAGUGGAAGCAAAAACUGUGCUGAGAAUUAUGAUGGGGCAUGGUGGUAUGGAAAUUGUUAUGCUUCAAAUCUAAAUGGUGUUUAUAUGAAUAGAACUGAUGCAAAAUCUAUGAACUGGUAUGACUACAAAUUAACCUUUAUGGGUUUAGCGUACUCAAGAAUGUUGAUUCGCGAAAAGUAACGCAGUUUACAUCAAUAAAGUAAAAUACACAUGCCUCCAUACAGCGAUUAGGAGGAUUCCUUUAA